AUGGAUCGUGAACCAUGUCCUUGGCGUAUAGUUGACGAUUGUGGUGGUGCUUUUGCACUAGGUGCAAUUGGUGGAACAUUAUUUCAUUCGAUAAAAGGAUUUCGCCAUGCACCAAGCGGACAAUAUCGACGAUUGAUUGGAAGUCUGAAUGCCGUUAAACAACGUGCGCCACGUGUGGGGGCAUCAUUUAGUGCGUGGGGGGCAAUAUUUUCAACAAUCGAUUGUGGUUUUGUUUAUAUGAGAAAGAAAGAAGAUCCAUGGAAUUCGAUUAUGAGUGGUGCAUUGACAGGUGCUAUUUUACAAGCAAGACAAGGUCCAUCAGCAAUGUUGGGUUCCGCUGUAAUUGGUGGUUUUAUAUUAGCUAUGAUCGAAGGAACUGGCAUUCUUAUUAAUCGUUAUUCACAAAUGCUAAUGGCACAACAAGCACAAGAUGGAGGAGAAAUGGAUCCAGACCAGGGCAAAGCUGAAAUCAAAAUGCCACAAUUUCUCACUGGACAAUCAUCGUCACCCGGGCAGUAUUCAUAG